GGCCUCCCAAAGCACUGGGAUUACUGGUGUGAGCCACUGUGCCUGGCCAAAUAAGUAUUAAUCUCAUUGUGUUUCAAUGUCCUCAUCUGCAAAAAGGGAUAAUAAUAUGAUUACUUCAUAAUCUUGUUUUGUUAAUCAUUAUAUAAAAUGAAAUGAUGUGUAUAAAACUUUUAGUUUACUACCUAGAAUAUUAGUUUUCAGUAAAUAUUAGUAGUCUGCAUUUUACAUAUGAGUCCUAUGUGCUUACUGAAGAUGGCUGUAUCUUAAAGUCUAUAUAGAAAAAUGUAAUAAUCAGGAUUGACUAAUUGCUGCUUAUUCCAAUUUAUUCACAAAAGGAUUUGAGGUGGCACUACCAUAAGAUACAAGUAUAAAAGUAUUAGAACAAAGGAACCAAUAAGGAGAGUUAGAUGACAUCAAGAAGACUUAGAAACACAGGCCACUACAGCCCAACACUGCACCUGCCAGUGGAUCAUAUAUCAGCACUGGGCUUUCAGCUUCAAAGAUUGUUUGUUUAUGGAGAUAGAAAGAAGAUAAAAUUCUGUAUAGAAAACUUGGAACUUGACUAAUUCAAAUCAUAUAUUAUGUGUAAACUCAGAGCUGGGGCAAAGCCAAUAGUUACUUUGAACACAUCCAGUGCUCCAAGAAUCUUCAGGCCUCAACAUGGACUUCUAUAUAAGAGGGAGAAAGGCUACGCUGAGAUGAACGUUGUAAGAAAACUCAAUUUAAUGAUACCUUGGAGUAUAUUCUUGCUUCACGUACUGCUGUUUUCAUUACAAGAAUAUAUUUGCACAUCAUCUAUACUGACAGGAACAUCAAAAAACGGGUUUAAUGAAAAUCGACAGAAAAGAGCUCUUUUAGCAGCACAGUUUGAAGCUACUUCUCCGAGAUAUUUUUUCCAUGAUGCUAUUAAUUGGGGUGAGAGCAAAAUAAAAGGUUCUUGUCCUUAUGAAUGCCUUAAUGGAGCUUUCUGUUCUAAGACUGGAACAUGUGACUGUCAAAUAUUUCAGGCGCUUGGGACAAGAUGCCAGAUCAUCCCAAACAUGGGCAACGGCAGAGAUGGGAUUUGCAAAACCUGGGGACAGUAUCAUUUUGAAACAUUUGAUGGCAUCUACUAUUACUUCCCAGGAAACUGUUCUUAUAUUUUUGCAAAGGACUGUGGUGAUUUGGAACCUCGGUACACUGUAUGGGUUCAUAACAGCCCUAAAUGCCUUGGUUCGGUGUAUUCUUGUUAUCGGUCAAUCAGCUUGUUCUUUUCAAACCAAGAGGAAAUUCGAAUUUAUGGUCAUGAAAUAAAAAAGAAUGGAAUCAGUUUAACAUUGCCUCAGACAAUUGGACAGAUUUUCAUCGAGAAGCUAGCUGACUACAUUCUCGUGAAAACAACCUUUGGCUUUUCAUUGGCUUGGGAUGGGAUAUCUGGGAUCUACCUCAAGCUGUCUGAGGACCAUAAGGGGAAAUCAUGUGGCCUAUGUGGAAACUACAAUGACAUUCAGUCUGAUGAUUUCAUAAUUCUGCAAGAGGACUACACAGAAGACAUCGCUAUGUUUGCAAAUAGUUGGUCGGUGCAAACUCCAGAUGACACCAAAUGUGUACUCACACCCUCAGAUUUUCCAAAUCCAUGCUCCAGUGGAAUGCCAGCAUUUGAGGCAAUCUUCUUCAAGUGUCAGAUACUGUUGCAGUUUCCUUUUCUGAGCUGCCAUGAGUAUAUUGAUCCAUAUUUGUAUAUUGCCAGCUGUGUUAAUGAUCUUUGCAAAACUGAUGAUGAUGAAACCUAUUGUCGAGCAGCCACUGAAUAUGCUAGAGCCUGUUCUCAUGCUGGCUACCCUAUUCAAGACUGGAGAGAUGACUUUCCAGCUUGCACUGAUAAAUGUGAUGAUAGCUUUGUCCAUCGGGAUUGUAUCAGUUGUUGUCCACCAACCUGCACAUUUGAGAAGCAAUGUCUUGGGAGCAAUCUUCAUUGUCUUGAUGGAUGUUACUGCCCAGAUGGUCUUAUAAUGGAGAAUGGGACUUGCAUCUCCUUGGAAAAUUGCCCAUGCAGUUUUCAUGGAUUAGCUUAUUCAGUUGGUUCAAAAAUUGAACAAGAAUGUACUGAAUGUGUGUGUUUUGGUGGCGUUUGGAACUGCACUGAGCAUGACUGUCCAGUUCAAUGUUCAGUUGUAGGUGAUUCUCACUUUACAACUUUUGAUGGUCGACAUUAUUCUUUUAUUGGCAUGUGCCAAUACAUCCUCGUGAAAGGAAGUGGAAAAGAUAAAUUCACAAUUACUUUACAGAAAGCUCCCUGUGAGCAGAAUCUCGGCUUAGUCUGCCUUCAGUCUAUAACUCUGAUUCUGGAGGAUGAUUUUAACAAACAAGUGACCCUUGGUAGGGGAGGACAAAUUCUCACUAGUCCUAACCAAGGCUUCAACCUGAAUGGUAUUGUUGAAAUUCAAACUCUGUCAUCCUUAUUUAUACUUCUAAGAACCACAUUUGGUUUGAAGAUUCUGUUUGCUAUAGAUGGGGAAAGAAUUUAUAUUCAGCUCACUAGCGUGUGGAAAAGAAGAACAUUAGGUCUGUGUGGUACUUUUAAUGGGAACAUAAGGGAUGACUUUCUUUCUCCAUCGGGAAUGAUAGAAGGUACACCACAACUUCAUGCAAAUGCGUGGAGAGUUUCUUCUACUUGUUUUGCACCUGUUCAUGUCCCAAUGGUGGAUCCCUGUAACAUCAAUCAACAAAACAUUGGGUAUGCAGCACACUGUGAUGUCAUCCACCAGGACCUCUUUGCUCCUUGCCACAUCUAUAUUAGCCCUGGGCUGUACUAUCAGCUAUGCCGCCAUGAUGCAUGCAAGUGUGGAAGCUCCUGCCUGUGCAAUGCUCUUGCCCAUUACGCCUACCUCUGCGGCCAGCGCGGUGUUCCCAUUGAUUUCAGAGCUCAGAUUUCUUUCUGUGCUGUGGUGUGCCAGAAGGGCAUGCUGUACCAUCACUGUUCCUCAUUCUGCCUCCGUUCCUGCAUUUCUGUCUCCUCCCCGGAGCAGUGCAAUGAUGACUGUGCUGAAGGCUGUAACUGUCCAGAAGGCAAAUUCUAUGAAGAUACUCUUAGCUUUUGUGUACCCAUAUUCCACUGCCGGUGUCAUUAUAGGGGCAGUAUUUAUCAACCUGGAGAGCUCAUCCCCACACCCUCAGGCUUAUGCCAGUGUUCAAAUGGGACUGUGCAGUGUGAUGAAUUAGCAACGCCCUCUGCUGUUCACGUCUGCCCAGCGGGAAAAGAAUAUUUCGACUGCAGGUUUCCUGACCCUGAAUUGCCAGCCGGUGGUAUUAACUGUGAGACUACAUGUGCAAACCUAGCCAUGAACUUCACUUGUGCCCCAUCCUCACCCUGUAUAAGUGGCUGUGUUUGUGCACCAGGAAUGGCAGAGCACAAAGGAAAGUGUUAUGUUCCUGAAAGCUGCCCAUGUAUCUGGAAAGACUGGGAGUAUCUCUCAGGAGAAGUGAUUGCUACACCAUGUUACACCUGUGUUUGUCGACGAGGAAUGUUCAAUUGCACAUAUUAUCCAUGCCCAGCAGUGUGCACAAUAUAUGGGGACCGGCAUUAUUAUUCUUUUGAUGGACUAGAAUAUGACUAUAUCAGUGAUUGCCAGGUAUUUUUGAUAAAGAGUACAGAUGAUUCAGAUAUAUCUGUCAUUGCCCAGAACAAGAAAUGCUUUGACAACGAUAUUGUUUGUUCUAAAAGUGUUUUGAUUUCAGUUGGGGAUACUGAAAUUUACCUGAAUGAUACUCCUUACAAACAGAAACGAUCAGGUUUUUUUCUGGAAAACAAACCUACCUACCAACUUUGGAAGGCUGGUUACUAUAUUGUGGUGUACUUCCCAGAGAAAGAUAUCACUAUUCUUUGGGAUAGGAAGACAACUAUUCAUAUCAAAGUUGGGCCACAGUGGAAGAACAAGCUAUCAGGGUUGUGUGGAAACUUUGAUAAAUGUACUUCAAAUGAUAUGACCACAUCUAAUAACUUGGAAGUGAGAAAUGCUCAGGUAUUUGGAGAUAGUUGGGCAUUAGGACAGUGUGAAAAUCCAGAUGAAAUGAUUAAACCCUGUGAGGCACAUCAAAACAAAUUUCCUUAUGCCAAGAAAGAAUGCUCCAUUUUGUACAGCGAUGUUUUUGCUUCUUGCCGCAAUGUGAUUGAUGUUACUUCUUUUGCCAAAAAUUGUCAUGAAGAUACAUGUAACUGUAAUCUUGGUGGGGACUGUGAGUGUCUGUGCACUAGUAUAGCUGCAUAUGCAUACAAGUGUUGUCAGGAAGGAAUAUCAAUUCAUUGGAGGUCAUCUACUGUUUGUUCACUUGAUUGUGAAUACUACAAUGAAGGACUUGGAGAAGGACCGUAUAUGCUGGCAAGCUAUGGGCAGACUGGCCUUGUUCUAGGGGCCAAUAUGACCAGCAGAAGCAUUUUCUCUUUGCCAAGAAGCAGUGUUCAUCCUAAUUUAUUUUUUUAUUUUAUGAUUACUCCAGGCCUUUUUAAAGAGAAGGUAUCAUCGUUGGCACUUGUUUCGUUGGAAUCUGCUGAAAGGCCAAACUACUUUCUCUAUGUCCAUGACAGUGACACUCUUAGCUUGGAGCUGUGGGAAGCAAAUUCAGCCUUUCAUCAGAGAGCAACAUUCUUCCACCAUCAGGGCCUCUGGAUUCCUGGUUACAGUGCAUUUGAAUUAUACAGCAAAAAAGGCUUUUUCAUCAUAUUCACAGAUUCUAGUGUCAAAGCAUCAAAAUAUGAUGAUUCCGAAGAAUUUAAACAUUCAAGUAGUUUUAGCAUAGAAGAAAUCCAGACAGCAGUGCCUUACAGGAGGAUGUGUGAAUGGAGAUAUGAACCUUGUGCUACUCCCUGUUUUAAAACCUGUAGUGACCCUGAAGCACUAGCAUGUAAAUUUCUUCCACCGGUUGAAGGAUGCUUGCCCUACUGCCCUAAAAAUAUGAUCCUUGAUGAGGUCACCCUCAAGUGUGUUUAUCCAGGAGACUGCAUACCUGUGAUUCCCACAGAACCAGCAUUAAUACCACCAGCUAAGCCAACUGUACCCAUGUUUACAGUUUUGGAAAUGAUUACUCCAUCAGACAUCACUGUGUUUGAUAUGCUAACACCAACCACAGGCUUGGAAUGUGAGCCUCAGCAAUUUGAUCCUGUUUAUAAUUGUAGCCAAUACAUAUGCCUUAAUAUGGAAUGGCAGUUAUACAACUGGUCUCUUAAUUGCCCAAAGGACGUGGAAAUGCCUGACUGUGGUUUCCGAGGAAGGCCAGUUCAAGUGAACAGUGAUAUCUGCUGCCCUGAGUGGGAAUGUCCUUGUCGGUGUUCCAUGUUGUCGGAACUGAGCAUUAUUACAUUUGAUGGAAAUAAUGCAGCAUUAUAUAGCAUGGCUUCUUAUAUCUUACUAAGAAUUCCUGGUGAAAUUAUAAUUGCUCAUAUAGAAAAAUGUUCCAUGAAUCAGAAUGGAAACUCAUUAAAAAAGCUAGCUUCCUCUGGAAGAAUUUCUGGUCUUUGUUUUAAAAAGUUAAAUAUGACAACAUCUAUACAUAAAAUAAUUGUCAAUCGGAUAGCAAGAAAGGUGGAAGUGGAUUCCAUUGUUGUGCCUUUGCCCUUUUCAAAUCAGGAACUGUCCAUAGAGGAUUCUGGUUCAAUGUAUGUAAUUACUACUCCAGCUGGACUAAUCAUAAAGUGGUCUCAUCUUACAGGAAUCAUAGACAUUCAUUUUAGCUCCCAAUUUAACUUGUCAUCCUACACAGAAGGACUGUGCGGAAUUUGCAAUGAAGAUCCAGAUGAUGAUCUAAGGAUGCAAAACGGCACAAUUAUUACAAAUAUGGAAGACAUAGGAUUAUUUAUUGAGAGCUGGGAAAUUGAGAAAUCAUUUGAAGUAACAAUGAGAAGACCUGUUAGGAAUUGUACUGAGCAUGAUUGCAGCCACUGCACUGAGUUAUUAAAUAGAAGAAUUUUCAUUCCAUGUCAUGAUAAAGUUUCACCAAAAGACUUCUGUGAAAAGAUGUGGAUUAAUUAUACCUAUUUUUGGAAUUAUGAAUGUGAUGCACUUUCUGCAUAUGUGGCUCUGUGCAACAAGUUUGAUAUCUGUAUUCAGUGGCGAACACCUGAUUACUGCUCCCUGAGUUGUCCAGAAGGGAAGGAAUAUCAACCCUGUGUGCGAUCUUGUGAAGCAAGAACAUGCCUGAACCAAUGGUUCUAUGGACACUCUUCCUGUUUGAAUUUAAGAGAAGACUGUGUGUGCAAAGAUGGAACUAUUCUUCACAGGCCACAUUCAACCCAGUGCAUUCCAGAGAAAGAGUGUGCAUGCACUGAUAGUGAAGACCAACCCCGCACUGCUGGGGAGAUUUGGAAUGGGUGCAUUGAUGAAUGUGCUCUAUACAAAUGUUUGGAGAAUGGAAGCAUUAUUUCUAUAGAACCUGACUGUGAUGAAGAGCCCACUCCAGUUUGUGAACGAGAAGCUGAAGUUGUCAUGGGCAUCAUUGAUAAAUGGACCUGCUGUUCAAAGGGAGUUUGUGGAUGCAACAUGACUUUGUGUGAAACUACCAUCCCAUCAUGUACGAAUAGUCAAAAAUUGAUUGUUGGCCACAGUCCUCUUUCUUGCUGUCCACAGUACAAAUGUGAAUGUGACCCAUUGAAAUGCCCCAGUGUUUCAACACCAGAAUGCAGAGAAGACCAAUUCAUGAUUCAAGUUCAACAGGAAGAACCUUGUUGUUUUUCCCCUCUUUGUGUUUGUGAAUCUUGCACUGAACCUGUUCCAAUAUGUAAUGAUGGGGAAUUUCUUACAGUAGAUCUUAAUAGCACACACUUCUGUUGUCCUCAGUAUUACUGCGUAUGUGAGCCAAACCUUUGUCCUAUGCCAUUACUCAGCUGCACAGAAGAUAUGAAUCUUGUGAAAGAAAAUGUAUCUGGUCAAUGUUGCCCAACAUGGCAUUGUGAAUGUAACUGUGAAAACCUUGUUAUGCCAACUUGUGAAGUGGGAGAAUUUACUACAAUAGACCAUAACUUCCAGAGUGAUUGUGGAUGCAUACAGUAUCUCUGUGAAAAGGAUGAUGUGUGUGUAUUUCAAGAAGUAUCAGUAUUGAAUCCUGGACAAUCCAUGAUAAAGUAUUUGGAAGGGGAUUUUUGUUGUACAAUAGAGUGUCUGGAAGAAAAAGAUAACCAUACAGGCUUUCACACUCUGAAUUUUACACUGCUGAAUUGUUCAAAAAAAUGUGAUGUUCACCAGGUAUACACUCCAUCCCAAAGUGAUUAUGAUUGUUGUGGUACCUGCAGAAAUGUAUCCUGUAAAUUUCAUAUGGAAAAUGGAACAGCAGUUACAUAUGCGGAAGGGAGUACCUGGCACUACAAUUGCACCACAUAUGAAUGUAUUAAAACUGAUGAAGGGGCAAUAAUUCUGAACUACACUAUGGUCUGUCCCCCUUUUAAUGAGACUGAAUGCAAAAUGAAUGAAGGGAUUGUGAAGCUUUAUAAUGAAGGCUGCUGCAAGAUCUGCAAACAAGAAGAAAGAAUAUGCCAGAGAGUGAUCAUUAAAUCAAUCAUAAGGAAACAGGACUGUAUGAGCCAAAGCCCUAUAAAUGUUGCAUCUUGUGAUGGCAAAUGCCCAUCAGCUACCAUAUAUAACAUCAAUAUUGAAAGUCACCUAAGAUUCUGCAAGUGUUGUCGUGAAAAUGGAAUCCGAAACUUGACUGUGCCUCUGUAUUGCUCAGGAAAUGGCACUGAAAUCAUGUACACUCUCCAGGAACCCAUAGACUGUACCUGCCAGUGGAAUUAAACUCUUGGGUUCCAAGAACUGUAUACAAUGUCAUAAUGUCAAAUAGAGUUAACUUUUAUCACUAUUACUUAGGCACGUGGCAGAUUUAUGCUGUUUAACAAUACUGUAUUUUUCAGACUUGGAAUGUGGAAAUUUAGCAAUUGGUUCAAAAUAUAUACAUAGUUUCAAUAACAAAAUUAGAUUUAUUGCUUUACUCUGUUUUAGAAAAUCAAAUGACUCAGUUGUUCAGCUGAAAUGCUAUUAGGUAUUUAAUUGCAACCUGGUACAGAUAUGGUAUAUUCUCAUUGUUUGGAAGGUUAUUUUGCAAAAUUCCUUCAAUUUCACUCAAUAGCUCUUUUUUUCUUAAUUUUCAAAGUCUGCCACAGCUAUCCAGAUUAAGAUACCCUUUAGUCUGUACUCCUUAGUCUGGUAAAUAUGAUUAGUUAAAACUGGCCUCUAGAUAGCAAUAAAAAAUGAUAUGCCUAGAGACAGAUAAUAGAUUAUUUAAAACCUGAAUGGUUAUUAGGGAACUCAUUAUAUAUUCCCCUCAAUUUGCAGCUAUAACAGGUAACCAGAGAAGCUGUGUGACUCAUACCAAUUUAUUCAGUGUAAUAAUAUAGUAAAUUCAUGUUAACAGUUGGAUUACAUUCUAGGCCUCUCUUAUUCCAGUACUAUGUCACUUUAAAAAUCCUCAACAGUGUAUGGUAAGAGUAUAUCACAGAAUACUUCAUUCUUAAAGAGCUUGCAUUGUAUACAAUUAAGCAUUUUAAGUUCAACAUAUUUGAAAAAUGCCCCCCCCAUACACUGUUAUUCUAGUAGUAAGGAAAAGGAAAAUGUAGCAUCAUUUGCUAAGUAGAGAAGGGAGAUCUUGAACUUUUAUUUUUUAUAUCAUUAAAACUGCUAUUAAAAGUGUUGUCAGCAUUUAA